CCCGCCUUGCCGGGCCUCCGGGUCUCGCUGGCUCUCCGGCCCGCCCCCGAAGACGUGGAGCGCCGCGGUGGCCGCAAGUUUGUCAAAGAUGAAAGUGACCUUAUCAGCUUUGGAUACUUUCGAGAGUUCUUUCACGCCUUUGGUGGUCAUAGAACUUGCUCAGGAUGUCAAAGAAGAAACCAAAGAAUGGCUGAAAAAUAGAAUUAUCACUAAAAAGAAAGAUGGAGGUGCCCAGCUGUUGUUUAGACCAUUGUUAAAUAAGUAUGAGAAAGAAACACUAGAAAAUCAGAAUCUAUAUCUUGUUGGUGCCUCCAAGAUUAGAUUGUUACUGGGGGCAGAAGCAGUGGGGUUGGUGAAGGAGUGCAACGAUAACACCAUGAGAGCCUUUACCUACGGAAUGCGGCAUAACUUCAAAGGGUUUGAUGAUGACAAUGAUGAUUUCCUCACAAUGGCAGAACGUCAAUUCAUUAUCAAACAUGAACUUGAAAAUCUCAGAGCCAGAGAUGAAAAAAUGAUCCCUGGUUACCACCAGGCAAAGUUGUAUCCAGGAAAAUCAUUAUUGAGAAGAUUGCUCACGUCUGGCAUCGUGAUUCAGGUGUUUCCACUGCAUGAUAAUGAAGCCCUGAAGAAGCUUGAGGACAGCUGGUAUACUCGGUUUGCUUUAAAGUAUCAGCCUGUAGACAGUAUUCGUGGCUACUUUGGGGAAACAAUUGCUCUUUACUUUGGAUUUUUGGAAUAUUUCACUUUUGCCUUAAUCCCUAUGGCGGUCAUUGGGUUACCUUACUACAUGUUUGCGUGGGAAGACUAUGACAAGUACGUGAUCUUCGCCUCCUUCAACCUGAUCUGGUCCACAGUGAUCCUGGAAGUGUGGAAGCGUGGCUGUGCCAGUAUGACCUACAGGUGGGGGACACUGGUCAUGAAGAGGCAAUUUGAGGAGCCCCGGCCGGGAUUUCAUGGGGUCCUGGGUAUCAAUCUCGUCACUGGCAGAGAGGAACCUCUGUAUCCCAGCUACAAGAGACAGUUGCGCAUUUACCUGGUCUCUCUGCCGUUUGUGUGCCUCUGUCUCUAUUUCUCUCUGUAUGUCAUGAUGAUUUACUUUGACAUGGAGGCCUGGGCCUUGGAUAUAUACGAGGACAGUGGGUCCGAGUGGACCAGUGUCUUGCUCUAUGUGCCCAGCAUCAUCUAUGCCAUUGUGAUUGAGAUCAUGAACCGUCUCUAUCGAUACGCUGCCGAGUUUUUAACUUCAUGGGAGAAUCACAGAUUGGAAUCUGCCUACCAGAAUCACCUAAUUCUGAAAGUUUUAGUGUUCAACUUUCUAAAUUGCUUUGCCUCACUCUUCUACAUUGCCUUUGUCCUGAGGGAUAUGAAGCUUUUGCGUCAGAGCUUGGCCACUCUCCUGAUUACCUCCCAGAUCCUUAACCAGAUUGUGGAAUCUCUUCUUCCAUAUUGGCUCCAAAGGAAGCACCACGUGCAGGUGAAGAGGAAGGUACAGGCUUUAAAGGAAGACAUCGAUGCUACAUUGUAUGAACAAGUCGUCUUGGAAAAGCAGAUGGGAACCUAUUUGGGCACCUUCGAUGAUUACUUGGAGUUAUUCCUGCAGUUUGGUUAUGUGAGCCUUUUCUCCUGUGUUUACCCAUUAGCAGCUGCCUUUGCUGUGUUAAAUAACUUCACCGAAGUUAAUUCAGAUGCCUUAAAAAUGUGCAGAGUCUUCAAACGUCCAUUCUCAGAACCUUCAGCCAGUAUUGGUGUAUGGCAGCUGGCUUUUGAAACAAUGAGUGUUAUAUCUGUGGUCACUAACUGUGCUCUGAUUGGAAUGUCACCACAAGUGAAUGCACUCUUUCCAGAGUCAAAAGUGGACCUGAUUUUGAUUGUAGUAGCAGCAGAGCAUGCACUCCUGGCUUUAAAGUUUAUACUUGCAUUUGCCAUAGCUGAUAAACCACGGCAUAUCCAGAUGAAACUGGCCAAAUUGGAAUUUGAGUCUUUGGAGGCACUCAAGCAGCAGCAAAUGCAGCUUGUGGCUGAGAACCUGAAGGAGGAAUCGAGGGAAGGCGAGAAGGAGAAGGCGACCUGAACGCGCGGGCUGCCCUGAGUGCAGGCAGGGGAGUACCCGGAGCAGCGUCAUGGCUCCUGCACCCAGACCCAAAGCUUGGCCAAGUGAAGCGACUCCCACGUGGCAGGCCCCCUCCUCGCCCUGCAGUGUCCCGUCUCAGAGCUGGUGAAGAGGGCCGCCAGGACCCAGCUCUUGGCAGACCCCCACUCCCGCCCUGCUCCCUCUGGGUUUCUGCCCAAGCACCACACACCACUCCAGCUGCCUGACCCUGCUCCAGAGCCACUGCUGCCCCCUGAGCUUCGUGCGUGGAUGAACCGCCAGCUCUCCAUGUUGCCCCUCACAGUGAUGGUCACACCCGCCCCCGCCACGG